CGCACUUACCAGGACUCAUUCAAGUAAUGCACAAAGGCAUGUUCUUGUGGUGUGAGCCAGUGGGCUGCAAUUCGAUCACUCGGUUGGACACUAAUAAGUGACCACCUUCAGCUGAACCACACCAUAUCACAAACUUUUUUCUCCUGUAUCCGAUAUGCAUGCGACAAGAGUGCAAUACAUACACAACCAUGAAUAUACUUCCAAGCUUCAAGUAUUCUCCGCUUAACUGCGAAACUAACGACAUCCGACUAGUUCGCCUACUCGAAGAGAACUCGGGCCACGUCCUGUCCUGCCAGCUGCAGCAUUUCCCUUCCGCCUCACGUCCACCUUACCUAGCGUUAUCAUACACAUGGGGCGACCCGAAAGAUACUGUGCCAAUCUCACUGAACGAUCACAGUCUCAAUAUCGCGAGAAACUUGUUGAGCUUCUUGCAGCAUUCUCGACACCGCUCCAAAUCGCCCAUUACUUUCUCAGAGGCUCUCUGGUUUGAUGAUGAACCGUUGGAACCCGAUGGGCAGUGGCUUUGGAUUGAUGCUAUCUGCAUUGACCAGUCCAACAUACCUGAGCGUAACCUCCAGGUUCGCCGCAUGAAGGAGAUCUACGAGCGGGCAGAGGGUGUCAUUACCUGGCUAGGUCCAGCUUCAGAUGACAGCGACAUUGCUUUCGCUGUCAUACGCUCUCUUGGGAGGGCUACCAUUCAAGCAUACAAAGCCACGGGGAAAUACGAUCCCAAUGCUAUGGUUGCAGUUGGCAGAGCCUUUGGGCGAAAGGAAUGGGACGCUGUCCAGAAAGUCUUCCACCGGCCAUGGUGGAAUCGAGCAUGGAUCUGCCAAGAAGUCACGACUCCGACCAAAGGAGAAAAGCGAGCAAUGGCAUGGUGUGGGCACAAUCAGAUCGAUUGGGAUUAUUUUGGGAUAGCGUCAGUGUAUAUCCUUGAUGCAGAAUUGGAACGAGCCUUGGAAAAGUCGGAAAACAUUUCAAACAUGAGGAUUCGCACACUAGCAUGUAUGACAGCUGACCGAAAAACCCUGGGCAAGAAUCGUGUCAACGACCUAUUGCACUUGCUAGGCACAAAUCGGGACUGCGAGACGUCUGAUCCACGGGACAAGAUAUAUGCCUUCCUCGCCAUUUCGAACGAUGGUCAGGAAAUUCAAGCAGAUUACGAAAAGCCCGUGGCAGCAGUUUACACAGAAUUGGCCACAAAAUCUAUUAAAAGAGAUAGAAGGCUCGAUGUACUCGGUUACUCUUGCCUUGAACAUAUUGGUCUCGACCUCCCUUCAUGGGUUCCGAAUUGGUCUUUGAAAUCUAUAGCUAAUAGGCUCUGUCUGGCUGGCUAUCAAUCGGAUGGCACAUUUCGGAGGACAUAUCAUGCCAACAAGGGCUUGAAAGGAAGCAUUGGAUUCACGGGUGGGGGGCGUGUUCUGCGAGUGAAAGGCUUUGUGUUCGACUCAGCGAUCCUUGUAUCAUGGUCUCGUACCUUCACGUCACUAUCCGCCAGCGAAAUCAUGCUUCGCUGGAGGGCACAAGCGCUUCACAACGGCCCCAACUAUGUCACAGGGGGAACGGUUAUCGAUGCUUUGCAGCAUACCUUGUGCGCGGACAUCGAAGAAGAUGAUGUAAAGUUGUCAGAACGCGGACGCAAAGUCAAUCCGUUUCCCCAAGAUGGCGGCGAAGAAGCUGCAUGGUCCACGUCUAUGCCGUUACUACGCGCCACGCAAAAUCGGAAGCUUGUAUCCACGCUGGGACAUUAUAUGGGAUUGGUACCUGAGCUAACUGAGCUUGAGGACAAGAUUUGCAUCUUAUCGGGUGCUUCUGUCCCGUUUGUUCUGAGACAAGAAGGGAACCAUUGGGUUUUGGUCGGGGAAUCAUAUAUCCAUGGUAUUAUGGAUGGGGAAGCAGUGUCUACGUUUAAGGCGAGCGGGAGAGAAAUAGAAAUUUUUGAGAUCUGGUAGGCAGGGAAUGUGGUAAAAGGUAGACUGCCGUAAGCAGCUCUGUAGCAAUAUUACUCCCCUGUUAUAUGGCCC